CCCGCCCCUGCGCACCCCCCUCCGCUGAGACAGUGAAAGAGAAGAGAAUGACUGGGGAGGAAGAGGCGAUCGCUCAGUGGCGUUGGCUCUAACAGCACAGGAGAUCCUGGAGGAGGGUGAGGAGGAGGAGGAGGAGGAGAAGCAUUGUGUGCAGUUAGGGAACUGAAUCCACUCUCUUCCAAAAUGCCUGUCAGGAGGGGUCAUGUUGCACCGCAGAACACCUUCCUGGGGACCAUCAUACGCAAAUUUGAAGGACAAAAUAAAAAAUUCAUCAUUGCCAAUGCCAGAGUCCAGAACUGCGCUAUCAUUUACUGCAAUGACGGCUUCUGUGAAAUGACAGGAUUCUCAAGGCCAGAUGUCAUGCAAAAGCCGUGUACCUGUGACUUCCUCCACGGCCCGGAGACCAAACGGCACGAUAUCGCUCAGAUUGCGCAAGCUCUCUUAGGAUCGGAAGAAAGGAAAGUGGUGGUGACUUACUACCAUAAAGAUGGAUCCACCUUUCUCUGUAGCACACACAUUAUACCAGUGAAAAACCAAGAAGGAGUAGCGAUGAUGUUUAUUAUGAAUUUUGAAUACGUGACAAAAAUCGAAAGUCCAGUAUCGCCGGAGAGAAUACCUCGGUUAUUACCUAUUACGCCAGAAAACCGGAAAUUAUUUGGAAUCCAGUUUCCACAACUAAGACUUCUGAGCCACAGGAAGCAGUCGUUACCACAAGAAGACCCGGAUGCCGUGAUUGUAGAUUCUUCAAAGCACAGUGAUGACUCUAUGGCAAUGAAGCACUUUAAAUCCCCCACAAAGGAGAGCUGCAGCCCUUCUGAGGCAGAUGAUACAAAAGCACUGAUUGACUCCCAUAAGUGUUCCACUUUAGUUAAUGUAACGGGACCUCUUGACCAUUCUUCACCAAAACGACAAUGGGAUCAGCUUUUCCCAGACAGACUUCAUGCAGGGUCCCACAUAUCUCAUGCUAGAUCAAAAGACAGCGUUUGUAGUAUGAGAAGAGCAUCAUCAGUACAUGAUAUCGAAGGAUUUAGCAUUCAUCCCAAGAGUGUCUUUAGAGACCGUCACGCAAGUGAAGACAAUGGCCGUGAUUUCAAAGUUUCACAUUCCUGGAUGACAGGGGGCCCAUUUAACCAUAUCAAAUCCAGCCUCCUGGGAUCAACUUCAGACUCAAACCUGAACAAAUACAGCACCAUCAACAAAAUACCCCAACUUACAUUAAACUUUUCAGACGUAAAAAAUGAAAAAAAGGCUUCAUCCCCUCCUUCUUCCGAGAAAACGAUUAUAGCACCCAAGGUCAAAGAACGAACUCACAACGUCACUGAAAAGGUUACCCAGGUACUUUCAUUGGGAGCCGAUGUCCUACCCGAAUAUAAACUUCAAACACCUCGCAUCAACAAGUUUACUAUUUUGCACUAUAGCCCAUUCAAAGCAGUAUGGGACUGGUUAAUUUUGUUACUAGUCAUUUAUACUGCUAUCUUUACUCCUUACUCAGCUGCCUUUUUACUCAAUGACAGAGAGGAGCAGAAGAGACGUGAAUGUGGAUACUCUUGCAACCCCCUGAAUGUCGUAGACCUCAUGGUAGAUAUCAUGUUUAUCAUUGAUAUCCUCAUAAAUUUCAGAACCACUUACGUCAACCAGAAUGAAGAGGUCGUAAGCGACCCUGCGAAAAUAGCCAUCCAUUACUUUAAAGGCUGGUUUCUAAUAGACAUGGUCGCAGCAAUACCUUUUGAUCUGCUGAUUUUCGGUUCUGGCUCUGAUGAGACCACAACACUUAUUGGACUUUUAAAAACUGCCAGGUUGUUACGGCUGGUGAGAGUUGCUAGAAAACUGGACAGAUAUUCUGAAUAUGGUGCAGCCGUACUGAUGCUUCUAAUGUGCAUAUUUGCACUAAUCGCACACUGGCUCGCCUGCAUUUGGUACGCCAUUGGCAACGUGGAACGACCUUAUUUAAUUCACAAAAUUAGCUGGUUGGAUGCACUGGGAGACCAAAUAAAGAAACCAUACAAUUACAGUGAUCCCAGUUCUGGACCUUCCAUCAAGGACAAAUAUGUUACAGCUCUGUACUUUACAUUUAGCAGCUUAACAAGCGUUGGGUUUGGAAACGUAUCCCCAAACACCAACUCUGAAAAGGUCUUCUCCAUAUGUGUCAUGUUGAUUGGCUCAUUAAUGUAUGCAAGUAUUUUUGGAAAUGUGUCUGCAAUAAUCCAAAGAUUAUAUUCAGGAACCGCUCGGUACCACAUGCAGAUGCUGAGAGUAAAGGAAUUCAUCCGAUUUCAUCAAAUUCCCAAUCCUUUACGCCAAAGGCUCGAAGAGUAUUUUCAGCAUGCAUGGAGUUACACCAAUGGCAUUGACAUGAAUAUGGUACUGAAGGGUUUCCCAGAAUGCCUACAAGCAGACAUUUGUCUUCACCUCAAUAAGACAUUGCUGCAGAACUGCAAAGCAUUCAGUGGCGCCAGUAAAGGGUGCCUUCGAGCCCUAGCCAUGAAGUUCAAGACCACCCAUGCACCGCCUGGCGAUACACUUGUCCACUCCGGGGAUAUUCUCACAGCACUCUAUUUUCUCUCCAGGGGCUCCAUUGAAAUUCUAAAGGAUGAUAUUGUAGUGGCAAUUUUAGGUAAAAACGACAUUUUUGGAGAAAUGGUGCAUCUGUAUGCCAAGCCUGGAAAAUCUAUUGCCGACGUCAGAGCACUCACCUACUGUGACCUGCACAAAAUCCAGCGAGAGGACCUGCUGGAAGUACUGGACAUGUACCCUGAAUUUUCCGAUCAGUUUCUAACAAAUCUGGAGCUGACGUUCAAUCUCAGAGAUGAGAACUCAAAGGCUGCACUCUUGAGAUCGCAUGCAGAUAUUGAUUUCAAUGGUGAAAAUUGCAAACUGCGGAGAAGGAAAUUGUCUUUUAAAAACAAAUCAGACGAAGAUUGUAGCAGAGAUGAAAGUCAGAAUGGAUCUGAAAGUUCCACUGAUGACACAAGGAAUUACUCUUCUACAAAAAAGAAUAUGGACAUAAAGAAAAGUGGGUCUUCAUCAUCUUCUAUCAACGAGACGAAACCAUUAUAUACAGAAAUCAGUGCUUAUACCUCAGUCUUCUCAAAGCCUUCGGGGCAGCAGUUUGAAGAGGCUGUAUGUCCUUCAGCAAAGCUCAACCUUGGGAAAAGGAGUGCUUCCAACAAAGAUAUCACGGGUACAAGGAGCUGGGAGCGAGAGAACGCCGUGUUACAUGACAGCGCGCCUAAUCAUUCAGCAUUAAAUCACACCACAUGGGGAAUCUGUGAAGCUGAUAACGACCUCACGUAUGGAGAAAUGGAGAAGAGACUAGACUUGAUACAGGAACAGAUGAACCGGUUAGAAUUGCAAAUGACAUCCGAUAUUCAAGCCAUUCUCCAGCUCCUGCAGAGGCAGUCGUCCCUCAUCCCGCCGGCCUACAGUAUGGUGACUGCCAGUUGUGAAUAUGCCAGGCCGACAGCUCGGCGGGUACAGAGCAUGCAUGCCAAGGCGUCCAUCAAAACUGAUAGAAGUUUCAGUCCUUCAUCUCAGAGCCCUGAACUUGCAGAACUUGAGAAAUCAAGACCAAAAUCCAAAGAAUCACUUUCAAGUGGAGCUCACUUAAACCCAACUCCAGAAGACAACCCGGCGCAAGGGGUGGAUCACGGACAAGAGCACCCAUUAGAGAGCCAGCCCAGACAUUGCCCGUCCUAUCUCAAUCCAAUCAGACACACGUCCUUGCCAGAUUCUUCCGUAAACAGCCUAGGGGUCGUAGGCCUAAACAGACAUGAAUCUGAUCCUGGUCUUCCUGGGAACUAAUCCAAAAUUAGCUCAUUUUCUAGUAUACCUUCAAAUAAAAUGUAAGUGCUUUUAAUGGCUGUUUUCCUCUUUGUAUAUAGAAAUCCUCUAUACUUGACUCAGGGGCAAAAAUGGAUAUCUAAUAUGCAAAAGUACUGUAUAUUUUGAUACAUUUGAAGCUUAUAAAGGUACAGCUGAAAAGUCAUGUUGUAAAAUCCUGUAAAGACUGUAUGCUCAAUACUUAAAACUGCCAGCAUCACAAGGCACCUUAUAUUUUUUUAAUUUCGUUUUUUUUUUAACCACUUGCAUGUUAUGAAAUGGGUUUAUAUCGCAUGAAGAAUGGCAUUAAAUUAUUUCACUGAGAUGGAAUGUUACUUGUCUGAAUGCUUUUGCAUCCGUUGGGUCAGCUUAUGAAGACCAUCCACGUCCAAUGCAGAAAUAUCGAGCAAGGAGAUUGCUUCAAUUUAGUUUCAGUCCUGUCUACCGAGAAUUUCUGCUGAUCUAGUCUACGUCAGAAUACUGUCAAUUUGGACCAAAUGUCACAAUCCAGCUGAGAAUGAAUAAGGCGAGGAGCGUUGGGGAACCAAGGAUCCUCUUUGGUGAUUUAAGAAGAGCAAUGUUGAGUUUCACAUGACCCACAUGGAAGGGUAGCUCUGUUCAUUGUGACCUAAUUAACCUGUCUGCCUUAGGCAAUAAAACUAGAGAGUAAGCUCUACUGGGCAGGGUCCUGCUGUGCCUGAAAAUUUUCCAUAAGGAACUGCUAAAUCUGUUGCUACAACAGAAUGCAUUUCAAAUAGAAAACAUUCAUUCUUCAUUCUAGAUCAAUGACUUUUGCUGUAGCCCACUGGCUUUUGGUUCAUGUGCAACUUCACCCCAACUCAAAGCGAUGAAAGUGGUUUGGACUAGAAAAUGGUUCUGUAGAGUUUUUCCUGGUUCUGUAGGGGUUUUUCUCCCAUUGGAUUAACUAUAUGUGAACUGCUUGGGGUUUGUAGGCUGCUGGAGUGGUGGUAUCUGCUCCCUUUGGUGGAAGAUUCCAUGCAUGGACAGUAAACUUGUAUUGCCUUACCUCAAAAUUGAUCAAGCCAGUGCACAGGUUUUAUAAGUUGUCUGUGGCUGCUCCAUAUCAUGUUUUUAAGUUGGAUCUAAGUUAUACCCACAAGUGGUGGGACAGGAACUCACAUCUGCCCUGUGUUCUGGUGGUGUUUAUUAGCUUACUGACUGCUGGGAAUAGUAAUACAGUAAUACAAUAAUAUUAGGAUAUUCAGUGGCCCAAUGCUCCAGUGAGAAUCCCAGCUGAUAUGUUUGCGGGGGUGCCAAAAGGCAAACUGCCCUGGGGCCUUGGAGUAGACAAAAACAGCUAUAGAAGGUGACAAUAAGGCAAGGUGGUGGCCGUGACACUUUAUAUUAAUAUCCCCCAAUCUAUGACCCUUUAGUUGUUUCAUUGCCAGCACUGACAGCUUAACAGAGUUGGGUUCCUGAGAGGUCUAGGUAGAUCAGAGGUUGGACAGCCUUUCUACUCCAGUAUAUAAAAUAAUGAGUCCUUUCCCCACUCCCAGCCCUUAAGGUAAAAGUAAAACCACCUAAUUGCCUAUCCAGUAAUUUGGUGCAGAAGCAACAUGUCUGCUUGAACAUAAAAGCUACUGGAAAGUGAGAUUUGUCCAUCUAUAAAGGGGUGCUAAACUUUCUUUGCUUAAUGAGUUGCCACAGUUUUAUGAUAUUUCUUUGUAAAGGCAAUGGCAGACCUCGGGGAUACUCCUGUCCCCCGGUGCCUUUUCUGGGUCAUGUUUGGGCCUUAUGGCUGGUCAUGCUGUUAGAUCACUCCCUUCAUUUUGCUGACUUUGCCACCAUUCUUAGCCCAGCUUGCACAGGUCGAGUUGCUAUUGGCUGCUUAAUUCAUGGAAAUACACUCGGCACAAUGUAGAUGAAUAGAUUAUCAUCUUGGUAUGUGGCUGGGACAGUCAACCUUUGGCAUUACAACUCCCAGCCUGCCUCACUCUCUUGGCUCAUUAUUCAGAAUUGGUGUCCAGCAUCUCAGUUUGUCUCUUUAUACGACAGAUAUGCUUAUUACUACAUGUCCAAUACUUAUUCUGCCCAUGGGAUGGGACGAUCAUACGCUGCCCUGUGCCAGCCAUUCCUGGCAAUCCCUGCCUGCUCCAAAUGCAACAAGCUCUGCAUGCUGCCUGCUUCAUUCAUGAUUUAUUUGCCAAUGCAUGUUACAUACAAUCUAUGUACAGUACUAUUCCUUACGUGCUGCAAUUAUAUACACAACCAGCAGGUGUCACUAGAGCCAAACCACUUUGCAAUGUAAAAUAGCUGGGAAAAGGAUACUUUACGAAACGUUACGUUUUGUCGGUUGCUUUCUAUUUUUGUCACCGUAGAUUCUACAUUUCCAAAUUAUCUUUUGACCUAUGCAGAGUUGCACGUUUACUGGCAGGGUGGGCAUUGCAAAAGGUGCCAGCAUUAAAUUGUUUUUAAAAAGAAUUGUGGUGGAACCAUUAUAUCUGUGAAUGACAGUUUUUCUUGUGCACAUAUGGACACCUGGGAAAAUAUCAGUAUACACUCUGACAAUAAAGACACGUUUGCCAGGAAAGCUCAGAGUGGUCGCCUUGCAAUAAGCAGAAGUGCAGUUAAGCUUUUAUUCCCAUUUACAUGGUUGCCGUUAGAGUCCUACAGUGGCACGGAAACCCUGCUGGUUGUGGGUAGUAUUUUCAGAUGCGGGUAUAGAUGUGGGUCGGUGGGAGUGCAAGUUGGAUUGUAGGUCUUUUCCAUAUAUCUUAGCUUAUAGUACCUAUAUUAUCCAUAUUUUACAUUUUUUUAAACUUUUUUUCUACCCCUACCCCUGAUGUCACGCUUUGCAGCAACAGCACUUCCUGUUUAAUGAUGGUAAGCGGGUACAGGCUGCAUGUGACGAGCCAGGAGUGACCCCCACACCCAGCCUGAUAACGUUAGCUGCAACUUGCACGCCAUUCACAAAAAAUGCACAACAGCAGCAACUGCAGCGGGCACAACUUGGCACAGAGUAAUGCUACAAUUCUGCAGGAAAACACUGCAUUGUGGGUGGAAAAAAAACAUUGCAAACUUGCUUAUGAAAAUUGCACUUUGCCCGCAGCAGCUGUAAAUGAGGCUCCAUGUGUAACGCUGUGCAGAGGAGAGAAAAGGCGUUUUGGGGAGGGGAUUAUUUAUCCGAAAAGUUUCUAGAGAGCUUUGUGCGGUUUUGUUGCCUUUCCUUCCUUUCCCUGACAGAGCAGCAGUUGUGCCCUGCUUUAUGGCUUUUUUGCAGUCAGCAUAACAGGAUCUGUGGUAGAAUGAAUGGGAUAAGAACUUAGGUGCAAUUAUAAAAGGUGUCAUUUUAUGAAGUUCCUAGGUAUUUAAUAACAUGACAACCCUCUGAGUUCUUCCUGCAUAUUUGAAUUGAUGUUUUUUUAGUACCUCAGCACUCACUCUGCACAGAAUAAAAGGCCCAUUAUCAUCUCUUGCCUCGUGCAACCAGUAUAGCGACUCCCUCCACCAAUAGUGUGUGACUCCCUGGCAGUGUGUUUAGUGAGUCACUUUCUCCCCGUGCCCCGUGACUCAGGCACCAAAGCACGACUGUGACCAGAUCUUCUCAAUAGACUCAGCCACCUCUUCAUGGAAAAGCAAAUUUUAUUAUUGUUCAGUUGCCUCCUCCUUUCCCCCAGGCACUGACAUAGUUUAUUAUUGCUCUGGGCUUAUUUCUAAAACAGAUAUUGCCGGACCCUGGGUGCAACUGCCUCAUUGGCAGACUGAGUGGCAUCGCUGUGGCCCUAAGAUAUUGUUACUUUUAUGAAUUACAGAUGCAACCAAGGAUCUAGCUUAAGGCAUACAUACUGAUUAUACACCUACCACCUUUCCACCCUAGGCCUACCCCUAGUUCCGGCCCUGAUGGUCACAGCAGUGAUGAGAGAGGCAGUUGUAAUGCCCCAGAUGCCAUUGGCCUUAUUGAUUUUGCUGUGAGGGUCUUGUGAGACUCUUGCUAUAUCUAGAAUCCCUGCCAUAAAGCAAGACAGGGUUAUUGUUGCCAUGGGUACCAGAAAGCACACAAGCACAGAAAGUGAAUAUUGUCAGUAGUCAUUUUUCCAAUACAUCUUUAUGAAUUGCAACGGCUA